AUGGCGGAAGCGGAAUGGAGCCGAUACACCUACCAACCCCUUGACGAGAACAACAAUGAAAUCAGACUGAUAACCCUAUUACCCUCGGCGGACACGCGUAGCGAAAUCGUCUGCGAUAUCAAAAUUACGCCACUGGUUGAAGGCGAAGUACCUCGAUACGAAGCCCUAUCUUAUGUUUGGGGCUCAACGAUACCACCAUGCAAGCUUCGAGUAUCACCUUAUAGCAAUGAAUGCAUCGAGAUAACCAAUAAUCUCGCACAAGCAUUGCAUUACUUGCGAGAUAAAUCGGAACCAAGAGUACUUUGGAUUGAUGCUAUCACCAUAAACCAACAAGAUAUUGUGGAAAAGAGCAGCCAGGUCCAACGUAUGGCUGAGAUAUACCCCAUGGCAGAAAGAGUAAUUGUUUGGUUGGGUGUAGAUGAUGCCGAUAGCGAGACAAUCAUGAAGAUCUGCACAAAUCUUAAUGAGAAAGUCUGGGUUCCUUUCAGUGGCCGUAUGGAGAUGUACCCUCGGACUGAUGAUCCUGAAGAUGCCCAUUGGAGCGAUUUCCGAAUACCCCUUCCAUACGACCAGACAAUCUGCCAAGCAAUUGCAAGAUUUCUACAGAGACCAUGGUUCCACCGACUCUGGAUAUGGCAGGAAAUCGGCCUUGCGAACGUCCACGCAGUGGUGCUGUGCGGCUCUGAUACCAUGCCCUGGCAGUAUCUUGUGAACCUGCUAACCUGCAUUGGUUUCAAAAUGCUGCCUGAUGAAUCUGCAAGAGCAGUCAAGAACUUGGGGAGGCUAUGGCAAAAUAGCUACAACAUUGCCCAAAACCGAAGGAACUCCGGGCUCUUGAGUCUACUCCAGCACAUGCAGCUUGCUCAGUGUGCCGAUCUGCGAGAUCGAGUGUACGGCAUGCUUGGGCUGUGGCGCAGAACCAAUCCGCGCGUAGUCGUGAAACUAGAUUAUAAUCAAUCAGUAGCAGACGUGUACCUUGACUUUGCAAGGUCAGUCGCCAAGCAGUCGGGUAGUCUCGAGUUACUCGCUAUGUGCGAGUACGACGACGCGUUGAACAACUGGCCGUCAUGGGCGCCUCUGCUGAGCAAGCCGAAUGUGGCAAACAGUGUCAUGAUAUCAAGAUGCACAGGAAAUACAGAAUGUGCGGUGGAAUUCUCCAACGAUGGCAUUAUGAAAGCAGCGGGAUUGUGUAUCGACCAUGUAGCCACAUUCGAUGUUGAGACUACAUCUACGGACUCCACCUUCACCAAGGCCACCCGCUGGAUGAAAAUGCUGGACAUGGAUUCGCUUUACGUCGACGGAAAGCCAGUAAUGGAUACACUUUGCCGCGUCCUGUGUACUGGCCAAAUGGACGAUAUAUGCUCACCCGCUCACCUCGCAUUCCCCAACAUGGCGUCCUCACUAACUGCUCUCCCCAACACUGCGCAACCGCAAAAUACCAAAUACGUCGCAGACGCCGGCCAAGAUUUCUUCUGGCGCCGAGCCAAUCAGUCCUGUGCAGGCCGGAAUCUCUUUACAACCUCGCAAGGCUACAUUGGACUCGGGCCCCUGGGCCUACGAAAAGGCGACCAGAUCUGCCUCCUCUUGGGCUUUGAAUCCAGCCUGAUUAUCCGUCCCACGCACAAAAAACGCUUCAAAGUCAUCGGACAGUGCUACCUUGCGGGCGUGACUAACGGCGAGCCACUGCUCGGUGCCUUAUCCCCGCAUCACCGCAUGAUACUCGUGCAACAUGCAGCGUCCUACCAGAAUUACUGGACGUUCCUCGAUUCCCGCACAGGAAAAGUGGACGUCGAAGAUCCGAGACUGGAGUCAGAGUUGCCGCGGGGCUGGCGGCGGGUGAAACAUGAGUUGGAUGAUGUGCAGCUGAAGUUCGCGCACGAUAGUAAUCCAGGGAAGUGCACGCAGUUUGAUCCUCGGUUAUCGAGGUCGGAAUUGUUGAGGCGUGGAGUGCCUCUGGAAGAUAUUGAGUUUUCGUAG